AGCGUUCGUGGGGCGCGUGAUGGGGCACUUCCGGCACAGCGACGCACAGUUCUCCCUGACCCAGUUCUCCCAUGAGAUCCGGGACCAUUUCGACUUCAGCGCCUUCCGGAAGCUUCCGGAGCCCCGGCGGCUGCUCCAGAGCGUCCGGCAGCUGUCCGGAGCCACGCGCACGGCCACGGCCAUCCGCCACGUCCUGACGCAGAUGUUCGUGUCCGGCCGCGGGGCCCGGCCGCACGCCCGGCGCAUCCUGAUCGUGGUCACCGACGGCGAGAAGUUCGAUGACCCCCUGGACUACCCGGAGGUCAUCCCGCUGGCCGAGAGGGCAAAGGUCACGCGCUACGCCAUCGGGGUGGGCGGGGCGUUCCUGAACCCCAGUGCGUUCCGGGAGCUGCAGGUGAUCGCCUCCAGCCCCGCCCGGGAUCACCUGUUCCGCGUCGACAACUUCCGGGCGCUGGACGGGAUCCAGAGCCAGCUCCAGGAGAAGAUCUUCGCCAUCGAGGGUACGCACUCGGUGCACGGCAGCUCCUUCCAGCUGGAGAUGGCCCAGGAGGGGAUGAGCGCCACCCUGAGCCCCGCGGGGCCGGUCCUGGGCGCUGUCGGGGCUUUUGAUUGGUCGGGAGGAGCCUUCGUCUACGGCGGGGGAGGGGCGGCGCCCGCCUUCCUCAACGGCUCCGCCCCCAGCCCGGGCACACCUGGGCCACACCCGGGCACACCUGAGGGCGAGGACGCCAGGGACGCUUACCUGGGUUACUCGGCCACGCCCCUGAGGCUGGGGCGCACCUGGGGCCUGGCCCUGGGAGCUCCCAGGUGGGGCCACCUGGGCAAGGUCCUGGUGCUGCGGAAGGGAAACACCUGGGAGGUGCUGGGGGAGGCCAUGGGGACACAGGUGGGUUCCUAUUUCGGGGCCUCCCUGCUGGCCCUGGAGCCGUGCCCAGGUGAGCCCCGCCCAGGUGAGCCCCGCCCAGGUGAGCAGCCCCAGGUGCGGCUCCUGGUGGGGGCUCCCCUGUUCUACGGGGGGGGCAGCGGCGGCCGAGUUCACCUGUGCGAGAUCCACGGACAGGUGCCUCACCUGUGCCUCACCUGCGCUGUCCCCCGCUCCCUGCGGGGCUCACCUGGGCAGCCCCUGGGCCGCUUCGGGGCCAGCCUGGCUCACCUGGCGCAGGUGGGCGGGGCCGGGUGCGCCCAGGUGGCCGUGGGGGCGCCCCUGGAGGACGAGGGGCGGGGCGCGGUUUACCUGUUCAGGAGCACACCUGGGGGCCUCAGCGAGCGCGGGCAGUGGGGGGGGUCUCACCUGUGUGACCUCACCUGUGACCUCACCUGUGUGACCUCACCUGUGUCUCACCUGUGA